AUGAUUUUUGUGUUAGUGUUGAACAAGUACUUCCCCCCGGACUUUGACCCGUCCUUGAUCCCUCGAAGGAGGGGUCCAAAGAACUCACAGCAGGUUGUUCGUCUUAUGGCUCCGUUCUCCAUGCGAUGUAAUACAUGCGGAGAAUACAUUUACAAGGGCAAGAAAUUCAACGCUCGCAAGGAAACAGUGGAUGGGGAGGAUUAUUAUGGAAUUAAGAUAUUUCGGUUUUACAUCAAGUGUACACUAUGUUCCGCCGAGAUUACCUUCAAGACUGAUCCCAAGAAUACCGAUUAUUCUGCAGAGCAUGGUGCAUCGAGAAACUUUGAACCAUGGCGAGAAGAGAAAGUUGUCGAAGAGGAGGACCGUCUUGCUCGGCUGGAGGAAGAGGAGAACAAUCCUAUGAAAGCCCUAGAGAACCGCACCGUCGACGCAAAACGGGAAAUGGAUAUCCUAGACGCCCUCCAGGACAUUAGAGCACGAAACGCUCGGAAUGAGCGUGUGGGGCAAGCGUCGGAUCUGGUUUCCCGGAUUACUGCGGAAGAAGAAACGGAAGAAGAAAGGGAGAGAAGAUUAGCAGAAGAAGAGGAUGAGAGGCUGGUGAGGGAAGUGUUUUCGAAGGUGUCGAUGCCCGCACUUCCGGGCGGCUCUUCGGCGGCGGUGGCGGACAGUUCUGGAGAUUCACCUACGGAGGCUACCCCGCCACAACUGGUCACUAUCAAGCGAAAGGCCGAUGAUGUCGAGCCCGAUUUACGCAGUCUCCUUCCAGAAUCGACGCGAGUAGUGCGAGAUGUCAAAUCUCUUGGUCCACCGCCAGUGAAGAAGCCGAAAUCAAAUUUAAAAAAUAAAUUAGGUAUCAAGAUUAAAAAAUGA